GUUAAUAUAUUAAUUAUCUAGUAGUAACGCAACGUAAAUUUUACACGCACGCAAAUAAUUAUACAUUAAUAAUACAGACGCAGUAUGUAUAUUGGCGAAAAAUUUUAUACCCGUGCCAUUUUGCAAGCGGAAGACAUAUAUGUAUAUUAUAAGUACAAAAUAUUAUUAUAUUUAAAAAUAGGUAAUAAAAUUCACAACGUCUGUUUUUAUUUAUAUCUCUAUCUCUCUCUAAUUUGUGCUAUUGCACGAGAAUCGGCGAUUGGUCGAUCGGGCCCGUGUUGUGCCGGCUCGUUAUAUCCCCACUUAUCGGUGCGCUCGUGAGCUUAUAAAUAUUCACGGUAGGAUAGGGAAGUUUUUAUUAUACUCACUGACAAGCAUUCGUGCUAGUCGUUUCGUUUGUGUGUAAACCAAUCUAACUCUCUUUAAACAUGUCUGGACGUGGUAAAGGUGGCAAGGUUAAGGGAAAGGCAAAGUCCCGUUCUAACCGUGCCGGACUUCAGUUCCCCGUGGGCCGUAUCCACAGGCUUCUACGCAAGGGCAACUACGCCGAGCGCGUCGGUGCCGGUGCCCCCGUGUACUUGGCUGCCGUCAUGGAAUACCUGGCCGCUGAGGUUCUCGAGUUGGCCGGAAACGCCGCUCGUGACAACAAGAAGACCAGGAUCAUCCCCAGACAUCUCCAGCUGGCCAUCCGCAACGACGAAGAGUUGAACAAGCUCCUCUCCGGUGUGACCAUCGCCCAGGGUGGUGUGCUGCCUAACAUUCAGGCCGUGCUCCUGCCCAAGAAGACCGAGAAGAAGGCUUAAGUGUCCCCUCACUUCUCGUCCGUCCGGUGACAUCUAUAACGGUAACAUUCGGCGAUCGGUGAAUGUGUACAUUUGUAUCGUGUAUAUAAUAUUUAUAUCACGGGACCUAUGUUACAUUCCCGACCGAGUGACCGUUACAAAAGGCCCUUUUCAGGGCCACAA